AUGAUAAAAAAGGAUUGGGUGGAGUUUCCUCCACACAGUCAAGGUUACAAGGAUGGUGUCAAUUACUUUUUAGAUAUUGCAUUCACCAAAGGAAUGGUUGAAGAAGAAGAAAUUUUGUGUCCUUGUGUUGUAUGUUGCAAUGAUAGUUGGAAAGUAAAAGAUGUAGCAUAUGACCAUUUGUGUAGCAAAGAAUUUGUAAAGGGAUACACUAAAUGGAUUUAUCACGGUAUUAAUGAAGAUUUUGAAAAGGACGAUAUAAAUGAUGAAAUUCAAGAGGACGGCGUAGAUGCUGGAUUUCAAGAGGAUGUUAUAGGUGAUGAAUUUCAAGAGGACGACAUAGAUCUAUAUGAUGAAUUUGAAGAGGACGGUGUAGAUGGUGAAUUUCAAAAGGAUGACAUAGAUGAAGAAUAUCUGGAGGACGACAUAUGUGAUGAAUUUCAAGAGGAAGAUCUGGAUGACGUAUUCCAAGAAGACAAACUUGAAUGA